GAUAUCGAAGUGUGGCGGAUCAUUGCAUAUGUCUCAUUUGUCAACGUGUUUUGUUUAUGUUUCAUGAUAACAACAUGUCAAUUCGUUGCAAUAUGUAAAAAUCGGCCUUUUGAUUGAAACUUUACUUGUAGACUGAGUGCUUGUUUUAAAAUGUUUUGGACAAUUUUUUCCAUGCUGACAUGUCUCAAGUUGUUACUUAUUCCAUCCUAUAGAUCCACCGAUUUCGAAGUGCAUCGGAACUGGAAGGCAUUAACACACAGUCUGCCCGUAUCAAAAUGGUAUUUCGAAGACACCAGCGAAUGGACAUUGGAUUACCCGCCAUUCUUUGCCUACUUCGAAUACGGACUGUCUCAUUUGGCACAAUGGUUCGAUGCGGAUAUGUUGAACGUUAACAAUUUGAACUACUCCAGCAAUAUGACCAUUCUGUUUAUGAGGCUUUCGGUGAUCGUGUCGGACAUUGUGUACGCAAUCGGUGUGAAAAGUUGCAUUGACGUACUGACUUCCGGUUCGUUGAAAAAGAAUGUUCUCACCCUUGUGCUGCUGGGAAAUAUCGGACUCUUUUUCGUUGAUCACAUUCACUUCCAGUACAAUGGAAUUAUGUUCGGCAUUCUACUGCUGAGCAUCAGCAAAAUGUGUCAAGAGAAGUUCGUGCUAUCAGCUUUCCUAUUUGCGGUGCUGUUGCAUAUGAAGCACAUCUUCAUUUAUGUUUCACCGGCGUACAUUGUCUAUCUACUAAAAUUUUACUGUCUACGAAAUGCCUCACCAUUGGUGAGCUUAAUCAAGUUGGGCGUAAUCGUUAUUGGCGUUACAGUUAUGUCGUUUGGCCCAUUCUACAAUCAUUUGCCGCAGGUCAUCGCUAGACUGUUUCCAUUUAAACGUGGGCUGUGUCAUGCUUACUGGGCCCCUAAUUUCUGGACUUUCUACAAUAUUCUGGACAAAGUCGGUACCAAAAUGCUUGGUAGAUCAACCGGAAGUAGCGGUAUGAACACUGGUGGACUGGUGCAGGAAUUUGAUCAUUUGGUUUUACCAUCGAUCAAACCGAUAACUACUUUUGUGUUAACAUUUUUAGCGGCUUUGCCUUGCAUUUACAAACUGCUGGUAGCCAAAUAUGAUAGGCAGUCAACACACCGUCUGUUCAUAAAAUCGAUUGUAAUAUGCGCUUGCACAUCAUUCAUGUUCGGCUGGCAUGUUCACGAAAAAGCAAUCCUCAUGGUGCUGAUUCCGUUAAGUCUCUUAUCUAUGACCAACAAAUCUGGCGCUACUUCAACGCUAUUCUUAUCGUUCGUUGGCAGCUACUCACUCUUUCCAUUGCUCUUCCAUCCCGAACUAACAACAAUUAAGGUUUUCUUUCUGAUAUCGUCAAUCGUCACAUUUUACAUCACCACGGCGAAAUCCGACGUCAACGCCGACCUUAAAUUCUACGAAAUGGGCUAUUUGUCUGGAUUUGCUUUGGUGUUUUGGUAUGAGCAACACCUGCAAUUCAUUUUCGGAUUGGAUAAGCUGUUACCAUUUUUGCCGCUGCUAAUCGUAAGCGUUUACUGCAGUGUGGGUGUGAUGUACUUUUGGUUACGUUAUUACUACUCGUUUCUCGUUGACGUGGAAUGUGAAAAAAAAUCGUCCACCAAAAAGACUAAAGUGAAAUAGAAAAUUGUUGUGUUU